UGGUAGAAAGAUUAUGGACAGUUCAAAGGAAUCCUGGGUACGUGGUUCACACUAUCUGGUGUGGCCGUAUUAUACGUAUUGGACCCUCGGCUACAUCAUCAACCAGCAAGGAGCCAGAAAACUACUAGACGCCAAUCCGCUACCGAAAAUGGUUCCAGUAGAUGAGUAUCUGCCGAUAAUGUUUAACAAGCAUCCUGAAGAUGAAUGGGCGAAGAAUUUCUCUCCACGUAAUGUGGUGGCUCUGUCCGCUGAGCCGCUACUUAUAGAACCGACACACUACACAGGAGAACCCAAUUAUUUCAGCGACACUGAAGCAUCAACAUUAUGGCUUGAAGAAAAAUCGGAAUCCUCACAUGAAGAACUCUGAUCCCGUUUUCUUGUUUUAUUUUGUGGCUCAGUCACUAUAUCAUGUCUUGCUGUUGGUUGUACAUUGCACAACUUUCACAAAAGUACCUUGAUUUUCUGUGUAAAGAAAUUUUAACUGCUACGCAGAUUUUUUUAACCUCUGUAUUUGUUCUAUUAGUAGCACAUAUACUUACUUCCUUACCCAACACACCGAAUCGAUAGAUAUUGAUUAAAACUCUUGGGCAUUAUGCGAUCUUUACCCCAGUUCAAAAAUAUGUUGCCCUUUUAAGAGCUGAAACUGGUAUGUAAAGAUGAUGGGAAAACACUCGGAACAGCAGCCCAAACUGGGCACUACAGAAUAUUUAACAGACUUACAAAGUCAAUCUAGAAUACCCUUUUUAAACUGCUAUUUUGACAGGACGAAUACUCCUCGAAGAUUCUAUAUCACCUCUGGUGGUCAUGUAAUUCCGUUUUUUAAAGUCACAUUUUUAUGGUCCAAGUGUUUUGUACAGAUUGUUAGCUUUCUAGCAUGGUGCUUAUAAUAAAAGAAAUAAUGUAUGAUCAACUUACAGAACUUUUUUGUAGAAUAUUUUUUCUUUUAAGUUUUAUAUUAAACCUGCAUUUACCCUCUUCCUAUGGUGCUAAAAUUAAAUGUUUAUCUUUUUAUAU